AACUGAAACACACGCACCGAAAGGUCCGGUCCGCGCGACACGCGCUUUACUUCCGCCGGAUAUCCGGAAACGCUCUUCUUAUUAACAAUUAACCGUUUUAAGUGAUCAAAAAACUUUUGUUUUAUCAUCAAAACUAUUUGGGAAUUGCAAACUGGUUUACUAUACAAAUUUAGUUGAGGAGCGAAGGCCGACCGCAAUGGUUAGCUCCGAUCUCAUGAAAUAGUGGUCCUGGUCAAGCGAAAACAUGAAUACCACCGAAGAGUACGACAACUGCAGCAAUAUCUCCGAGCCAUAUACGCCCACUGAACAAAGGAUCGAUUCAUACGUGGUGCCCAUAGUCUUUCUCCUGAUCUUCAUCAUCGGAGUAUUAGGAAAUGGUACCCUUUGUGUCAUCUUUCUCAGGCACAGAACCAUGCGAAACGUUCCCAACACUUAUAUAUUGUCGCUCUCAAUGGCAGACCUCCUGGUUAUAAUAACAUGCGUACCAUUUACAUCCAUCAUCUACACGACGGAUAAUUGGCCGUGGGGAGAGUUGAUGUGUAAAUUAUCGGAAACCGUGAAGGACAUCUCGAUUGGGGUGUCGAUAUUCACAUUGACAGCGCUUUCGGCGAAUCGAUUCUUUGCCAUCGUUGAUCCACUCAAGAAGCUGCACGCAACAGGUGGCAGCAAGAAGGCCAGUCGUGUUACCGUCGGGAUAGCCAUAUCCAUAUGGAUAAUUUCCAUCAUCUGCGCGAUUCCAUCCGCUUUGGGCUCCUACCUGAUGGUCGUCACCGACAAGACUGGAUGCAUCCAGGUGAUGGUCUGCUACCCGUUCCCCGAUUACUGGCUGAACAACACCUAUCCACAAGUGAUUGUCUUGUCUAAGUUCCUCUUCCUCUACAUCGCGCCACUCCUAGUCAUCGGGAUUUUUUACAUGAGCAUGGCCAACCAUUUGAUCAUCAGCACUAAGAACGUCCCAGGGGAGCUGCAGGGAACUCAGCGCCAGAUAAAAGCCCGCAAAAAGGUUGCCAUCACCGUAUUAAUUUUCGUCAUGGUCUUCGCUGUCUGUCUGCUGCCCUACCACAUAUUCAUGCUAAUGUUCUACUUCUACCCGAACUUCCAUGACAUUUACAAUAUCUACUGGCAUACCUUUCGCAUCGUCGGCUUCUGCCUCUGCUACAUCAACUCCUGCGCCAACCCCGUGGCCCUGUAUUGCGUCAGCGGUGCUUUCCGUAAGCAUUUCAAUAGGUAUUUGCUGUGCAUUAAGCCAAAGAGGAAUCGCUGCGACACGUGCCAAGGACACCACGCGACGACCAUGUCGAUGGUUUCCACCAACAAACGCAAGCAGUCCUUGUGCAACCGCAAAGGACGACCGACUUCGAUAAACAAGAGGCAGGACCUUUUGAUAGGACACGAGACCUCCAUCACGCUGCUAGGGAACGGCAACAAACAUGCCUGCAGCAAAAUGUAAACGGGCAACCAAAAAAAAAAAAUUAUUUUUUUAAACAUCCACCUCUCUCAUAAUUGGUUAACUUUACCGCUUUUUGAUCGCUCAAAACGCUCACGUAAGAGGAAUUCAAAGGAUUACAUGUUUAUACUCCAAUAAUUCACUUUUUCUCCCACGCAAUUAACGAGAAAAUAUACACGUUGAUGUAAUCGUAUUCAGUAUUAUCCCUUUUUAAUCACCGUACUUUCUUUUUUUAAUUAUUUUAUUAAAACAAUAUUUAUUACUUUGCAUUGCGUAACCUAAUCGUUAUCAAUUGUUUUAUAACUUGUUUUUCACAUAAUAUACUAGUCACAAUACUUAAGCAUAACAAAGAAAAUAGCAGGUAGAAUAUAUCUCCAGUAAUAAUAUGUAAUAAGUACAUUAAGACGAUUACUUGUCAAGUAGCUGCAGACGUCACUUGACAAAUUACGUAACAGAUAUGUGUUUAGAAUAUAACGAUUUUGUUUUCAGAAAUUUUCGGCUUGAUCAUAAGAGUGUAUAUAAUAUGUAAUCUAA